AGGUGCAAAUUAUUUUUCAGCAUAACAUGGUACAGCUUUGUAGUACAGCUCAUGAGCUCAUGGUAAUGUUUACGAUUUGACUUUUUUAAUGGUUCACUACUAUGCCUAAUUCCCCUUCCAUUUUAAAAAGCCCCUUACUGGGGCUUCUUGUUUUGUUUUGGUUUGGUUUUUUCUGGUGUUAAAUAACAGUUACAGCUUUAUCUGAACUUAGUUCCUGUCACUCUUCCUGAUGCUGACCAUGACGUGCAUGAAUUUUUAAUGCACGUUUUCUCUGCCUGCUUUCUUCAUAACAAUAUACAUAAGAGACAGAGUACUAAACGUGUUUUUAAAACUUCCAUGUUUUCCAUGGGUAGUAACUAUUGUGUUUCAAGGGUGGUGGAAUUGUGACAGCUAUAUUUGAAGUUGCUGUUUGCUUCUGUUUAUAACACUGUGUUUUCAGUUGCUUAUAAUUGUGCCAGACUUGCACUAUUUGGGCUGAAAUUUCCAUCCUCAGGAGAGAACAGGGCAGCUGAGUAAGGAUUGUAGUAUCUCAAAUAAUUCACUAAUUACUAAUUAUUUCCAUGUUGCCUGAACAGCGUUCAUCUUUCAUAAGCUGCACUCUGGAUUGGAUGUGCUUGGCAAAUCAAAAUUUUUGACGUGGAUUAAUUCAGGACCAGCCAUGAGCUGCUGCCAUUUUUGUUUUGUUCCAGAUUCCAGUAGAAACUUCCUCUCCUAUUAGAGACUCGGCUCUCCCAAAAGUGAGAAGUGGCCCUAUACAGUCUCUGUAGAUUAAUCAUGAUUUUGCUCUUGGAAGUGCAUCGUUCAUGUGUUUCCCUUUGCCACAUAACAGAGCAUGUUGUAAAUUUCUGUGCUGGGCUUUCAUUUUUAGCCUCUUCUGCUUCACGUAGAGGAAAAUGGUUUUGAAUUCCUUCAGAAACAGCCACUUUAAAAAGGUCCACUUGUGUGUGGACUUGUGUGAGGACUGUUAUUACCUACUGCUUUUACAUGUAGACUAAAGCCCAGUACAUGCCACCUCCAGUUACGGGCUGUUCUUCCACAGAGCUUCCCCUCUGGAGCAUUGAACUGCAGUGUUUUUCCAUGCAUUGUUACUCUGGGCAAAACCUGCUGAGCACCAUGGGCAGUCCUUUCCUUCUUUAAAAUCUUCAUAAUUAUCAAUUUAGGCGAGCCAAAUCUUCUCAGAUGUCUGUGCUUUUGACCUUGCUUCUUCAGGGCUUCUGCUAGCCUUGGUCAAAGAAUUUCCUUCCACACAGACCCUGGCUUGGCUCAGGGAUGGGUUUCACCCAUAUCUUCUGCUUCCUGCCUCAGCAUGAACUUGUGUUGCCUGUGCAGCAUCCCAGUUUCUCUGGAAACUUGGUGAAACACGGCAGUAGCCACAAAAUUGUGGGAGCACUUCAGCAACAGAAAAAAGUACCGAAAAGGAUCUGUGGAUAUUUCAAGGAUUAAAUGUGUAGAAGUUGUAAAAAGCGAUGGUAUUAUUCCCUGUCAAAAUAAAUAUCCAUUUCAGGUUGUAUAUGAUGCUAAUACGCUUUAUAUUUUUGCACCAAGUGCACAAAGCCGGGAUCAGUGGGUGAGGAAUCUGAAAGAAGAAAUAAAGAACAACAGCAAUAUAAUGGUGAAAUAUCAUCCUAAAUUCUGGACAGAGGGAAUUUAUCAGUGCUGCAGACAGACAGAAAAAUUAGCACCUGGCUGUGAAAAAUACAAUCUUUUUGAAAACAAUGUAAUGAGAUUGCCCUCUCCAAUACCAGAAAAAAGUGCGCGAAGGCCUCCGCCACCUGUUCCUCCAGUUGAAGAAAAUGGCAACGAAGAGGAGGAGAUGGUGGUAGCAAUGUAUGAUUUUGAGCCUACAGAACAUCAUGAUUUAAGAUUAGAGAAAGGUGAAGAAUAUACGGUGAUUGAGAAGAACGACAUUCACUGGUGGAAGGCGAGAGACAAAUAUGGAAAACAAGGAUAUAUUCCAAGCAACUAUGUAACAGGAAAGAAGUCCAACAACCUUGAUCAAUAUGAGUGGUACAGCAGAAACCUGAACAGAAGCAAGGCAGAGCAGCUCCUCAGAAAUGAGGAUAAAGAAGGUGGUUUUGUGGUGAGAGACUCAAGUCAGCCUGGCCUGUAUACAGUUUCCCUUUAUACAAAAUUUGGAGGAGAAGGUUCAUCAGGAAUAAGACACUACCAUAUAAAAGAAACAGUGACGUCACCAAAGCAGUACUACCUCGCAGAAAAGCAUCUCUUUAACUCCAUUCCAGAAAUAAUUGAGUAUCAUAAACAUAACGCAGCAGGUCUCGUUACCAGGCUGCGUUACCCAGUGACCCCAAAGAAGACAACAGCACCAACAACUGCAGGAUUCAGCUAUGAGAAAUGGGAAAUAAAUCCCUCGGAACUGACAUUCAUGAGAGAACUGGGGAGUGGUCUGUUUGGCGUAGUGCGCCUUGGGAAAUGGAGGGCGCAGUAUAAAGUGGCCAUCAAGGCAAUUCGGGAAGGUGCAAUGUAUGAAGAGGAUUUCAUUGAAGAAGCUAAAGUAAUGAUGAAGCUAACACAUCCUAAAUUAGUUCAGCUGUAUGGUGUGUGCACACAACAGAGACCUAUUUACAUUGUGACGGAGUUCAUGGAGCAUGGCUGCCUUCUCAAUUACCUGAGACAAAAACGGGGAGUUUUGAGUAAAGACGUCCUGCUCACUAUGUGCCAAGAUGUAUGUGAGGGAAUGGAGUACCUGGAGAGAAACAGCUUUAUCCACAGAGACCUGGCUGCCAGGAACUGCUUGGUGAGUGACUCAGGAGUGGUCAAAGUGUCGGAUUUUGGAAUGACAAGGUAUGUCCUUGAUGAUCAAUACACAAGCUCCUCGGGGGCUAAAUUCCCGGUGAAAUGGUGCCCCCCUGAAGUUUUUAAUUAUAGCCGAUUCAGCAGCAAGUCAGAUGUCUGGUCCUUUGGUGUUUUAAUGUGGGAAGUAUUUACGGAAGGAAAAAUGCCCUUUGAAAAAAGCUCCAACUAUGAAGUGGUAACAAUGGUUAGCCAAGGACAUCGUUUGUAUCGGCCCAAACUAGCCUGCAAGCAGGUGUAUGAAACAAUGAUGAUGUGCUGGCAGGAGAAACCAGAGGGACGCCCGACUUUUGAAGACUUGCUUCACAAAAUCAUUGAUAUUGCAGAGGGUGAAGAUGCUUUCUGAAAAAAAGACAACAGCAGCACAAGUACAGGAAAGAAGCUGCUUUCCAGACAUGUGGCUUCACCAUUUCUUUUAAAAGGCUUGAUACUGUAAGCUGCUGGAUGCUGCUAAACAGCAUGGGGAAUGUGUAACAUCUGAUCCACUCCAGCACAGAGUUUUACAUGAUGUUGGGAAAUGAGCACAGUAUCUUCAGCAAUACUAGCAGUCUCUAUGUUUUCUCUGAGAAGUCAGCAUUGCAUAGCUGGCAAGUUGAGCUCUUUAUGGAGGAAGAGAGAGAAUGUAGGCAAAGCCCAGGAGCCUAAUUUGCAUUUAGUGGGUUGCAUUCAUGUACAUACAGUCCACGUUUCUGUGUUUCUCUUUACACAGGCAGUAGUAUUAGUAGUGAUUUGCAUGCUUAAGAGUUGAAGGUGUCUAUAAAUGGCUAUUUACUGACAUUGAGAUGUUCCCAGAGAUUCUCCAGAAACAUUAUUUUUCUUGGUUGAUGGGUGUUUUAUGACACAUCAAGAGCACAAAACAUGCCUCUCAUUUGCACAUAGUAAGUAGGUUGUUAACAGCACAGUCCUCAAUUUAGUGUAACACUCAAAAAGCUUUGCUUCAGAACUGAGCUGUGAUAUGCCCCAAGCCAUUCUAGGUAGCUGGGUCAACCAGAGACCUCCCACAGUUAGUCUUGAAGUUAUUUGUGAAAAAUAAGUCCAAGAUUCAGCACAACGGGCUGUCAGUGUACAAUAGUACCUUGUUUUGGAUUAAUUAUAAAAUAAUUUAUAUGCUGUAUGUAUUGUAAAUAUAUAAAUUCCAUGCAUUUAUUUAUAUAAAGUGUGUUUUCUUGAAAUUUUCAAGCACAAGUUUGUCCUACCUUCACUUACAUACACAACUCGAUACAUGGGGUUGUAAAUGAAAGAAAGUAAACUCUCAAGAGUGUUUAAGGAGGGCUCGUCUUUCUGACUGUCAUCUGUACGUACAGUGAUCUAACCUUUCUGUUCUUAACAGAAAAUGUCAUACUACACGUGUAUGUAAAUAAACUGAAUGUUAACUAUUGUUUGGAACCAA